AUGCGCCAGCUCGGGCAGCACAACGCCGAGCUGGUGCUCAAGAACAUUGACGCCAAUACGAAAAUGGCGGAUCUGGGGGCGCGUCAGCGGGUGCUGGAGGAGGAAUUUGCGCGGGCUGCAGAUGAGCGGGACGCCCAGAAGGCGGUAGCAGAGCAGAAGACCCGGGACGCCGAGGCACAAGCUGCCGAGCUGCAACAUCUCGCGAGAGCUCUGGAGGCGGUGGACCCGAGCCACCCGAAGGGGACCAAGGGGCGCGACCCCCGCGGCAUGAGCGUGCUCCAGCAGCACGUCGCCUUCUUCGACCGCAACGGCGACGGCGUCAUCUACCCCUGGGAGACCUGUCAAGGCCUGCGAGUAAUAGGCUGUGGGCUCCCUGUAUCAUUCAUGGCCACUAUGCUGAUCCAUCUGUUCCUCAGUUAUCCCACUCAGACGGGAUGGUUACCUUCUCCUUUGCUGUCCAUCCAUAUAAAGAACAUCCACAAGGGCAAGCACGGGAGCGAUUCUGAAUCCUAUGACACUGAAGGGAGGUAUGAUCGAUCGAAGUUCGAUGCUAUAUUCAGCAAGUACGGUCGAACCCAUCCGAAUGCUUUGACAAUACAUGAGUUGAUCACCAUGCUUAAAGGAAACCGCAAUGCGUAUGAUUUUCCUGGCUGGAUCGGUGCUGCGGGUGAAUGGUUCUUACUCUAUAGCGUGGCAAAGGAUUUCUAGAGAUGAAAUAAGGAUGGUCUUUUGCAGCGUGAGACUGUCCGGGGCGCUUUCGAUGGCAGCCUGUUUGAGCGGCUGCAAGACUACAAGAAAUCCUCCUGA